AUGGCAUCCGCCUCUGAGGAGAUCACGCCCAAGAUGGACCAGCGGUCGGACAAGUCGGUCCCGCACUCUUCGAGCGACGUCGAGAAGCAGGCCGCACCCCCCAAGGAUGAGCUUCAGCGCAAGCUUUCAUCCCGACACUUGCAGUUCGUCGCCAUCGGCGGUACCGUAGGAACCGGAGUCUUCAUUGCUAGCGGAGGUUCCAUCGCCACUGCUGGGCCCGCUGGCGCGCUCCUGGCUUACGUUUUCGUCGGUACUCUGGUCUACUCCGUCAUGCUCAGUUUGGCUGAGAUGGCUACCUACCUACCCAUUUCUGGUGCAUUCACACAGUAUGCUGCCCGCUUCGUCGACCCCUCGCUAGGUUUCUCCAUGGGCUGGAUUUACUGGUUUUCGUGGUCCAUCACCUACGCACUCGAACUCACAGCCGCUGGACUUAUCAUCCAAUGGUGGGACUCGGAUCUCAGCAUCGGCAUCUUCAUCACCAUUUUCUGGGUACCAAUCACGGCCGUCAACUUUUUGCCCGUUGAUAUUUUCGGUGAAUUCGAAUUCUGGUUUGCUCUCAUCAAGGUCGUUGCCCUUGUCGGUUUCUGGAUCUACGCCAUCUGCAUGAACGCUGGUGUCGGCGCACAAGGCUACAUUGGCUUCCAGUACUGGAACUCUCCCGGUGCUUUCGCUCCAUACCUUGCCGAGGGCCCUGUUGCCAAGUUCGUCGGUUUCUGGGCUGUCCUCAUCCAGGCUGGUUUCGCAUACCAGGGUACUGAGCUCUGCGCUAUUGGUGCUGGAGAGUCCGCGAACCCCCGUGUCACUAUGCCUUCGGCUAUCCGAAAGACCUUCUGGAGCAUUUUCACCCUUUUCGUCUUCACAAUUUUCUUUGUUGGCAUUCUGGUCCCCUACGACAACGAGGCUCUUCAAAUUGGUGACACCAACGCCGGCUCAUCUCCUAUGGUUAUUGCUUUCCAGCUCGCCGGAGUCUCCGCUCUUCCCGAUAUCUUCAACGCCAUCCUGCUCACCGUCGUUCUCUCAGCCGCCAGCUCCAACGUCUACUCAGGCAGCCGUAUCCUCGUCGGUCUUGCGGAGGAGAAGUGUGCCCCUGCGUUCCUCAAGGCUACCACCAAGCGAGGUGUCCCAUACUGGGCGACCGCAGUCACCGGCGCCAUGGGUCUGCUUGCCUACAUGAACCUUAGCGCCAACGGUGGAGAAGCUUUCAACUGGCUCCUCAACAUCGUCUCCGUCGCAGGUUUCAUCGCCUGGACUUGUGUAUUGAUCUGCCACAUCAGCUUCAUGCGCGCACUCAAGGCUCAAAACAUCGACCGUGACACCCUCCCAUUCAAGUCAUGGGGUGGCCGCCCACUCGCCAUCUACGGUGUCACUUUCUGCGCCAUCAUCACCAUCACCCAAGGUUUCACCGCGUUCGUUCCAUGGAGCGUUGAGGACUUCUUCAUCGCAUACAUCAGUUUGAUCCUCUUCGCCGUACUUUACAUUGGACACAAGCUCAUUACCAGGAGCAAGUUCAUCAACCCCGCGGAAGCCGAUCUCCUGAGUGGAAAGUUCGAGGACGAAGUUAGCGAGACCUGGGAAGAAUCUUCCGCCAGUGGCUGGAAGAAGAUGAUCAACAAGUUCUUGUAA